UAGCGGAAGUAUGUUUUACUGUAUUGCACGUGUGUUUCAGUAUUAAGGUAGAUAGGAUUAGGAGUAUAACUUAUACUUUUUAUAGGACUUAAGUUGUUUGAUAUUUCUGUAAAUCAUACAAUUAAAAGUUUAAAUGGUAAUUUAACGAAACGUUCCCAUUGGAAGAGUUCUUCUUCUAGAAAUGUCUUUAAAGAAAAAGAAACAAAAGUGUGAAUCACCAACUAUGGAUGAAAAUAUAAUCAGUACAGUCACAGGAGAGAGAUCACAAUUAUUAGAAAGUCCAGCUGAGGUCUUACUUUGUGAUUUCAAUAAUAAUGAUGAUUCUGCUGAAGAAGCUGACAUUAGGAAAAUGGUAACAGAACAAAAAAAGAAAAAGAAAAAAUCGGGAGGUUUUCAGUCCAUGGGUUUUAGCUUCCCCAUAUACAAAGGAAUAUUGAAAAAAGGUUACAACAUUCCUACACCUAUCCAAAGAAAGACUAUACCCCUGAUUAUGGAAGGGAAGGAUGUGGUUGCUAUGGCUCGUACUGGGAGUGGUAAAACUGCAGCUUUCUUAUUGCCAUUGUUUGAAAGACUGAAAACUCACAAUGCUCAGACUGGGGCACGAGCUUUGUUAUUUUCUCCUACUCGUGAACUGGCUCUUCAAACAAUGAACUUCACUAGAGAGUUAGGGAGGUUCACUGGACUUAAAACAGCCAUAAUUCUGGGAGGUGACAGUAUAGAAGAUCAAUUUGCAGCAGUUCAUGAGAAUCCUGAUAUUAUCAUAGCAACACCUGGGCGUUUUCUUCAUGUGGUGAUGGAGAUGGACUUGAAGCUUUCUUCAGUAGAAUAUGUUGUGUUUGAUGAAGCAGACAGCUUGUUUGAGAUGGGAUUUCAAGAGCAACUUCAAGAAGUUCUUUAUCGCCUUCCAGACCAUCGUCAGACACUCCUGUUUUCUGCCACUUUACCACGGCUUCUGGUGGACUUUGCCAAAGCAGGACUAAAUGAACCUAUUUUGAUUCGUUUGGAUGUUGAUUCCAAACUAAGUGAAAAUUUGAAGACGCAAUUUCUUUCAUGUCGUUCAGAUGAUAAACUGGCUGUGCUUCUAUACCUAUUAAAGUAUGUUGUUAAACCAGAAGAGCUGACAGUGGUGUUUGCUGCUACAAGACACCAUGUUGAGUACUUAAAUAUGGUUCUAACUCAAACAGGCAUCAGCUGCACAUAUGUGUAUAGUAGUCUGGAUCUUGUUGCUCGAAAGAUAAAUGUGGCAAAGUUUAAAGCCCGCAAAACCAGUGUACUGAUUGUAACAGAUGUAGCAGCUCGUGGAAUUGACAUCCCUAUGUUAGACAAUGUCAUCAAUUAUAAUUUUCCUGGAAAACCUAAACUUUUUGUUCACCGUGUUGGCCGAGUGGCUCGGGCAUGUCGCAGUGGUACAGCUUACUCAAUAAUCACACCUGAAGAAGCUCCUUAUCUUCUUGACCUUCAUCUUUUCUUAGGAAGAUGUUUGAAGCUAGCCAAAAACUAUCCUAAAGAAACUGAUGGAAUUUAUGGAUCUGUACCUCAGGAAAUUAUUGACGAAGAAACAGAUUUGUUGAAAAGAUGUCAUGAUAGCUCCAUAGACUUGACUAAUCUCGUAAAUGUUUGUAAAAAUGCUUACAAACAGUAUGUAAAAUCUCGAGCAGCACCUGCAGCUGAAUCGGUGAAGAGGAUGAAGCAGCUUAUGAGUUCUGCUAUUGGAAUUCAUCCACUCUUUCAAGGUCAGAAAAAGUUAAUAUUGUUGCUGUUACUAGAGAACAGUAAGUCUGUCAGAUAUGUGUUUAUUAUUAAUGUAGAUGAAGUUACAAUUUUUGAGAUUGGUCGAACGUCCAAAAGUCAAGCUCGCGAUGUAAUGCAGUGCAAAAGGAAUCAUCAUGAAAAGGUGAUUAAUAAGGCUCGUACUAAACAAGAAUUACAAGUUACAGAAAAGAAGGAGAAAACACAAAGUUCACCCUGUGUUGAAGAUGAUGAUGUGCAGAAAAAUCCUUAUACAAAACCUAGUUUGACAACCCUAACUUUCAACAGUUAUAAACAGUGGAAAGAAAAGUAUAAGGUCGAUAAACAAGAUGACGAUGAUGAAGAGAUUAAUCCUGGUACUAAGUCACAUACACCAGUGAGAAAAGGUAAAUUUACCAAGUUACCCCGAAAGCGUCAACUAGGUCAGGGUCGAUCAGACCAAAAACGUGAGUUAAGACGUCCAGAAGAAAUUCUGAAGGCAAGGCAAAAGAAAGCUCGGAUGCAGUUUCACCAAAAAAGAAGACAGGCAGAGCGAUCAAAGAGGAAAGGAAAAAACAAAAGAAGAUAAACUAUUACUAAGUUUGUGUAAACAUGGCUAAUGUGUAUAGGUGGAUAUAUUAAAUUUCUAUUUAAUAUGGU